GGAUCAGACUGUGCAGCUAUGAGAGGAGCCCCAGCAUCACAGAGAGCGGAGUGGAAACAGGAAGAGGAGGCGAAGGGGGAAAGAAAGGAGCCAGAGGAGAGGAUCGGGUGAGAAGAGGAGGCGAGGAGUGAACAGGGGAGGAAGAAGGGGAGCUGAGGGCUGAGUGGACCAAAGACCUAAAGAUUAAAAAAAAAGGAGCUAGCAGCUAUUUAAAGGGAUUGCACGACGGCUCAGGUCUGCUGACUUUCUAUUCCUAACUGAAAGCACCGUCAAAUUAGGACCAGAAAAGUCUGUCUCCCCUUCCCCUCGCAGUAUUCGCCGCAAGGCUGCAUGUAUCACUCAGCAGAGCUGUACUCUGGUCGUAACACAUGGGACUCCUAUCCAGCUGGAGGGCCUAACAGAGGACCAUGGGCGCCUGUGAACGGUCGCCCCUGGAACAACACACAAAGAUGCCAAGAAGGGCGCAACCAGUCCCAUCAUCAUCCAUCAGGUCGUCAUUAUGACAGAGGGGACAGAACACUCAGUCACAUCCAGGACAAAGGCGUGCCAAAGGAACAUCGACAGCUGUUCCAAAACUGGGAUGGUAAAGAGCAGAAGUUUCAGGCCCAGGACUGGCAUCCCAACGCACCACGCUCAUUCAACAACCAAGGAGGUGCCAACGGUUACCUAACCAGACCCGGGCAACGCUAUGCAGACUGGCAGAACAAUCAUGGGGAUCCUCGUCUGAAUCGCAACAACAGGGAACUGCAGCCCCCUCCGGAUAGAUGGGCCACUUCAGACCGCCACAGGAACUUCACAGGCAGAAUGGUAAACAACAGACCGGGACCGUGGAAACGGCCAGCCAUCCACCAGCGGCACCAUCACAGUCCACCCCCACACCACCAUCUGGCUCCUAGGAAUGGGUGUCCAGCUAAGAGGAAAAGGGACGUUGGCCCUGAUCAGCCAUUUCAUCCUGAAUCAAGGCAAUUGCCUCCACCUGCCCAUGCCCCAUCAUCACCCAACCACUCUCGGUGCUACCAAGAAGACAGGGCCGGUCCUUGUUAUAACUCUGAACACAGGACCUCAGCAACACAGCAACAGGAAACCUCUGAAGUGCGAGCUGGAGGCCAUGACUUUGGUACCUCAGAACUUGUAACCCAGAGCAGCGGCAGCAAACCAUCACACCACGGUAACAGAGAGAAGUCCGAACGGAGGACCUCGGCUCCACCAGCAGACCACACCCGUGUGCCUUACAGCGAACAAAAUCAUCAUUACCACCAUCAGCAGCACACAAGCCACCCGAGAGUCCCACAGCACAACACACCACUACGCCCUCUGGAGGGAAAGGACUCCUGGGGUCAUCACCCCAAACAAAGCACAGGAACUCAUCACACCUAUCUAAAAGGCAACUCAAUGGAUCCGUCCAUCAGCAAGAGUUUUGCUGCAGACUCUUCUCCAAAUUCAUCCCCACUUUGCAAUCCUAAAGAAAAAGGUUCUACUUCCAUCAGUCCAGGUGCUCCCUCCAGUCCCCGUUCAUUGACCGUGGCCAGUGGCAGAAAAGAUGCCUCAGACAGUCAGCCCCGUUCUCCCUACCUAAAUGAGCAGCAGAAAAGCCAAGUGAGCCCCAUUCCCACUCCGAGACCCAGCCCGACAUCUACCAAGACUCAUAGGUCUCAUUCUGGCUCAAAGUCCAGGUUUCCAGAUCCCAAAUGCAGGAAGGCCCUCUCACCACAGUCUCCUGUCGCCCACCCAAAAUCAAGCAAGCCUGAGAAGGAGCAAGAGGAUGUCAAAAAAACUAAAUAUCAACAGAAAGAUAGGCCUCUGAAAAAGGAGAAAAAAACUGAUGCAGAUAGAACAGACGAUGAACGGAAAAGACAAAGGAAGAAAGAAAAACACUUGAGAAAGAGAGACAAGGAGUUUAGAAAGGACCGAAAAUUCAGUACGAAAUCAAAAAAAUCAAAGACGGAAGGAUCCUCCUCCUCUGCUUUCUUGUGUCCAGGAGAGGCCAAACUACGUAAAGUGGAGACAUCGUUGUCCCCAGGUGGUCAAAGCCAGCCAUCCCUCAAACACAAGCACAGGGAGAGGAGUGAACAAGCAGCAGAAAGAACAUCCAAAGGUCCAUCCACUAAAACCCCUCGUCCAAGCUGCCCUUCACAGCAUUCAAAGUCAAAAUCGAAUAAGAUGCCCAAAAAGAAAUGCAGUCCCCCACAAUCCUCAGUCAAUAAACUGCCAACAACAUCUCCCUCUAACUACUCCAGUCCCAAACAGACCAGCAGCGCCACGUCUUCAGACGAUGGACCAAAAACAUACUUCAAUGGCACAUUUCCCUCUUCCAUGUGUAAAGCCCCAGCAUUGCUCAGCACUGCAUGCUCCACUGGUGUAGAACAAGCCAUUCGUAGCAAAGAUGAUGGACAGGGGGGAGUUCUCCAUGCCCCAGACCUUCAGCCUGAAGCCGUGCUGGGAACUCUGGUGGAUAGCGUGGACAACCAUUCAAACACCCCUCCUGUGCUCAGUUGGCAGGGCUCCCCGGUGUCAGAUCUCGAAGAAGAGGAUGGAGAGCUCGAUAAAGGUGUGAUGAGUAGACCUGUUCUGCAGCCCAGCCCCACCCAGUGCUUUUCCCCUCCUCCUGCAGACAGCGAAAGCAGUGAUGAUACGAGAGGCGAGCCUUGUUUUGACGCAGUGAAUGAAGAUUCCCGCAAAGGCACAUCUGAACUCUGCGAUCCACCUUGCGCAAUCAAACAAGAUGUGAAGGAAGACAAGAAAGAGCAAGGAGAUGCCAGUGGCAAAACUGCUGGCUCACUUCUCAAUGGGUUCCACCAGCAUAAAGCAGGUCUGGAUGAUGUUUUCAAGAGUCUCGCCAACUUCCUGGGAAGCCAGAGGGCUGCGUGUCGAGGCGGUCCGUUCGGCAGGGCUUUUACAAAACGAGUGACCUACUCCUCAUCUCUUGCAACAGCACCGCAAAUACACGAUUGUGAAAACCAGGAUCUCUCUCCCAAACCAACUCCCACGCCAUCCUCCGAGUCCAAUAAUCAGUCACCCUCUGACACUACCUCAAACUCACUUCUAAAAUACCACACUCCUCCAUAUCUGAAAGAGUCUGUCAAGAUACAGGAAAAGCAGGAAAAAAGUGAAAGUUCUACUAAAGAGACCCAAGAAGGGAGGCUCGCUGAGAACCUCUUGGAGAAAACAGAGUCGUCUCUUUUGGAGGGAUCACUGAGUGCAGAACUGAGAGUGACCACAACUCACAGGGCCUCUUUCACCAGCGUCAUUAGCGUCUCUACCAAGGAAGAGCGAGAGAACAGGAAGGAGACGGGGCACACGACCGCAAACAGGAAGCGAAAACAAAAGGCCAAGGAUAUGGGAAGAGGAGCAGAGAUCAAAACAAAGAUAAAGGCGAACAAGAGGAAGGUAAAAAAUAAAGUCAAAAAAGCGAAAGAAUUAGACAAGAGGGGCAUUUCAUCCUCGGUGUCAGUUGUCUCCAGAAUCCUCGCAGACAGUACGAAGGGCCAGAUUCCUCAGGAAAAUCAACCCCCCCAUGGCGAAGGCAUCAAAAGAGUCAGACUGGACACUGGGAACACCGACGCAAACAUGGCGGCAGAUAUUAAAGUAGAAGAUAGUGAGACGGAGAAAAAGGCAACCUCAGACAACAACACCUCAAACUCAGCAAUCACUACAUCCAAGUCAGGUGCUACUAAACCCUCAAGCAAUCCUCCCCGCUCCAAAGCUCCCGUGGAUCCCCUGAGACUGAAAGCAUUGUCCAUGGGUUUGUCAAAAGAGCUGAAGAUCGUCUUGGUUAAGAUGGACUGUGCUGGAAGGCAAACGUUUAACAUAUCAGAGCUGGAGGAAAGAAGAAUCCCACUUUCCAAGAUCAACAUUCAAAACUCAGCAACUGAAGUGAUCAGUGCGUGCAAAGGGACAAAAAUGAAGGACAAAUUCAAGGAGUCCUACCUGCUUCCUGCCUUCUCUGUCAAACCCAACAUUGGUAUUCACACUCCAAUCCCUCGGGAAAAGCUUAACCCUCCCACACCAAGCAUUUAUUUGGAGAGCAAGAGGGACGCCUUCUCUCCAGUUCUUCUUCAGUUCUGCACUGAUCCAAAAAAUGCCGUUACGGUCAUCCGAGGCCUCGCUGGCUCUCUCCGCCUUAAUCUUGGCCUGUUCUCCACCAAAUCUCUGGUCGAAGCCAACUCGGACCAUGCUGUGGAAGUGAGAACUCAGGUUCAGCAGCCAGCUGAUGAGAACUGGAAUGCAAAUGGCUCCUUGCAGACGUGGCCCUGUGAAAGCAGCCGCUCUCACACCACCAUCGCCAAAUAUGCUCAGUACCAGGCCUCCAGCUUCCAGGAUAGCCUGCAGGACGAGAAGGAGAGUGAGAGUGAAGAGGAAGAAGAGCAGACGUCAGAGCUCUCAGCAACGUCAAAAGCUGCUCUCACGUUAGCAAAUGCCACCAGCACACCCAGCCCAGAGCAGAAAACAGUUGGAAAGAUCAUUAAGUUCGGGACCAACAUUGAUCUUUCUGACCCUAAAAGGUGGAAGCCCCAGCUGCAGGAGCUGCUGAAGCUGCCAGCGUUCAUGCGAGUUGAAUCCACCAACAACAUGCUGAGUCUCGUGGGUCACACCAUCCUGGGCAUGAACACCGUCCAGCUCUACAUGAAGGUGCCAGGCAGCCGCACGCCAGGUCAUCAAGAGAACAACAACUUCUGCUCCGUCAACAUCAAUAUCGGACCUGGGGACUGCGAAUGGUUUGCGGUCCAUGAACACUACUGGGACGCUAUCAACAAAUUCUGUGAAAAGCAUGGAGUGGACUACCUCACAGGGUCUUGGUGGCCAGUCCUGGAGGACCUUUACAGUUCCAACAUCCCUGUCUACCGCUUCAUUCAGAGACCCGGUGACCUGGUGUGGAUUAAUGCCGGGACCGUUCACUGGGUCCAGGCAGUGGGCUGGUGCAACAACAUUGCCUGGAACGUGGGACCGCUCAACUCUUACCAAUAUCAGCUCGCCCUGGAGCGCUUCGAGUGGAACGAGGUGAAGAAAGUGAAGUCGAUUGUUCCCAUGAUCCACGUUUCCUGGAACGUGGCUCGCACCAUCAAGGUCACGGACGAGGAUACCUUCAAACUGAUCAAACACUGCCUCCUGCAGUCCAUCAAGCACAUCCAGAUUCUCAGACGCCAGCUGGUGGCCACAGGGAAGAAAAUAUUUUACCAGAGCCGCGUGAAGGACGAACCUGCCUACUACUGCAACAAGUGUGACGUGGAGGUGUUCAACCUGCUGUUUGUGAGCAGCGAGAGCAGUAGUAAGAAGACCUACGUGGUGCACUGUGAGGACUGUGUUCGGGCGAGGAGCUCAUCGCUGUCGGGAGUGGUGGUGCUGGAACAGUAUCGGACGGAGGAGCUGAUGAGAAUUUACGACAGUUUUGUUCUGACUCCACCACCUUUUUCAAAGUGAGGACUCCUCCACCACGUCUCUCAGCCAUAACCAAAACUCUUAACGGCAGCACGAUGGUUGUCCUCCUCGAGGCGGUCGGCUCAUGCGAACACUUCCACGAUCAGCCAAUCACGUUUACUCGCUAUUGUUUACAUCACACAGUAAAGGUAUGGAUACUCAGCCAAUCCAACUCUCUAGCUCACCGUCUUCCCCAUACCAGCUGCAGCUUGGACGAGCGUUUUGAAAUAGAAUGACUAGACUGGUUCUUCUCACACAAAAGCAUUUCAGAUGACGUAAAAAAACAAUGUGAGCACUACUAGCACUGAAAAUCAGGUGAUUAUAUGUUCAACGGACACUGCUGUGAUUCAAAGCGUCAAGUAGCCGGUUCUGUGUAUUGAUUCAGGUACUUUUAUGCAAAUUCAGUCAAACGUUUUUUACACCAAUCUAGUUAUUCUAUAUGUCCAUGAAUUUGCUGUGAUUCUAUUGUACCAGCAGGGGAAUCGCUUCACAGGAGAAGUAGCUGAUUGUCACUUUUGGCAUCAUCUUGGUUCCUGUUUUUUUUUUUUUAUUAUUAUUAUUAUUAUUAUUAUUUGAUGGUAUUCAGGUAAACUCUGACAUUUGUAACUCCUGUCUGUAAACUCUUUGAGGUGCUAUUCCAAUCUUAUUUAUUCUCAAUAGAUACUAAAAAAGUUUUACCAGCCUAGAAGUACACCACAUUGGCCUUGUGAACUGUAUUUAGAGGUAAUUAGAUGAAGAAAACACACAUAAAUGAGGUUUUUAUGUAAGUAUUACAAUGUGAAUUUAAAAAAAUGUCUCAGUUUCUCUAAAAUACGGGUUUACUGGAGGACUAAUAUGGUUUCAUUCUUUGUUGGAAGUCAAAACGGGCAAAAAGAUUUUGAACACUUUUUCACAAGUUCAGCAAAACAAUGAUUUGUAAGAUACAUCGCGUAAAAACUAACCUACGGUAAUGUAUUUUAUUUUUAAGCGAGAGUGGGAAAACAGUCCCCAUUGGUUGCAAUGUUUCUGUUUGAAUGUUAAAGAAAAGAAUAAAUUGUAAAUUGUGGAUGGAUUUAUGAAAUACACACAGUGGUGUGCACAGACGAGGCAGAGAAACUGAAGUUGUGUUCGUAUCACUGUAGCAAAAAUACACUCGAUCAAAAGUGGUUUGCAAGAACCAGUGAGGCCAAACCGACGAGCUGCAUCCGUCCAGCUGAAGCUCUGUUCACUGCACUGCCAUGAGCUGUAGUACAUACUGUAUGAAAACGAAGAGCUUGUAAAUUUAAACAACCAAAAUAAAAGUCCCAACAUAUCAGGAUUGACCAACAGAUGCAGAUAAGCCUAAAUCUGACCUGGCUGUUCAUUUCUGGGAUCGCCCUUGCAUUUUAAAGUCAAUAAUUUAGUUAAAAUAUAGCAUAAACUUAAAUGAGAGAGUAUUUUUUAAAUGUAAAUCUUGUAUUUUAAAAUUAAUUUUACCUUUCUGCCAUUAUGAGCACUAUUACCCAAACAAAAGAGCUGUGAUAAUCACAUAUAUGCAUCAGCUAAUUAUUAAAAUGUGUCAAGUAUUAUCAGCUAAAUGUAUUUUUAAUGCAUAUCUUUAAAUUUAAGGCAUUACAAUCAGUAACAAAACAUCCCCUACGGAAGAGUUUUCAAAAUAAAAUAGCUGAAUCCAACUGCCGAUCAAAAUAAAUGAAAACAGAAAUCAGCAAAUCACAAUAUUGUGCAGCUAUAGUUUUCUUCGGUUUGUUUUGUGUCAAAAAGGGCAAAAUUAAGCAACACCAGAGCUGCAAGGUACCGCUCGGUCAUUAUAAAUGCAUUGUUGACCAACAGGCUUUAUAAAAAUUAUUAAUUGUGUAUAAAAAGGUUUAAAUCCUGCAGGACAUUUUACAGUGUAUACUCAACUUGUUGCUGUUUUUAAACCACGGAGCGGUGAAACUGUUUCCGUAGGAUCUCAGUGUUUUCUAUAUUGGUACAAAGACUUGUGCACAGAAACUUUUCAUUAUUCUCUAUAUUGUACUUUUUUCAAAUAGAGCUGUUUUUAAACUGGAACGCAGGUUUGCCGCCACUGUAAGCCCACAAUUAUAACACGUUCUCCAGUCUGUGCACACCAUUUAAUGUACAUACUGUAUGUUUUCAGGUCGUUUAGUUCUCUAUCAAAAAUCUCAUUUGUUGACAUUAUUUGUUUUUUUGUCAUUGGUAUAUUCUAAUACCCGUUGGUUUCACUCUAGUCUAAAAUACUGCAAAGGGGAAUUUCUUCCCUCUUUUAUACCUCUUUUUGUUGUCAGUUUCAGUUUUUUUUUUUAAAUCAUUGCAAAAAUGCGAAAUUGUAAAUGGUGACAUUAUUUAUACUGUAAAUGGUCGUUUGCUUAUAUAUUUAUUGCGUAUCAAAGGAUGCUUCACUUGAUAAGGGGCUACAAGGUAUUUUAAAAGUGUAGUAUGAUCGCAGUUUGUGGAUAGGGGACGUGCAAUCGGGGAGGGGGCAGUUUAAUACUCAUGGUGCUAGGCCCCUACUUGCCUCAUUGCCCCCUCAUCGAACAGCGUUUAUUGAUGUAUGGACACAACUCAAACCAAUCAUCUGGUGCUUAGAAACCAUUUCAACAGUUUACUGCUAACAGAAAUGGAACGAUGUCCUUGUACUGUAUCAAAUCAAUACAAGAUUUUGUAACGUUUUUUUUCUUUACCAUUGUAUAAAACUCAUAAUCUCGUGUGGCAUUAGUGGUUUUAUGAGCAUUAGCUGUAGUUGUAACUCUUGACACUUUUGCAGAGACUUCUAGGGAUGUGACUUUUAUUGGCGUUAAGGUUUCUGGUGUCUUGUCCUCAUUAGUACUAUUUGGAGGAUGUGAUGAUGCUCUUUGUUUUUUCUCUCCCCCCCCCCCUCCGUCGUCACUUGUUUGAUUUAUGCUGCACAUAUUGUUUUCCAAAAAGAACUCGCAUAGAAGAAACCUGAGCCAGACCUGUCUUAAAUCCCUCUGUGAUUUUUUUUUUCUGUGACAUACUGUAUUGU